UCAGAAAUUUCAUUUGAUACGUUUCCUGACAUUGAACUGAAAAUAAUUUAAGUGCUGUAUUCAAAAGCAAAAUCAACUCAUGGUUUUCUUUUUUUAUAAAUAGCAAGGGCGAAUAUGCUACCACAAAAUCGUUCAGAUGUGCAAUCUCUCCUGCUCUCCUUGCUUCAGCAUUAUCUUAAUGAAACCUGGAAAUUUCCAGCAGUUGCUCUGCCUCCUUCUGUUCACCAGCCAGCUAAGCCUUUCAGUGCAGUGCCAAUUCAAGCGCAAAACCAAGGAUUCAUCUACAUUUUACUGAUGGUCGGGCUCUUCAGCUUUUUCACCUUCGGCAUUAUGUUCAGUUACAUCCGCUCUAAAAAGCUGGAGAAUUCGCAGGAUCCAUACCACCAGUACAUAGCCAGAGACUGGGCGAGUGUGUUGGCUCCAUCUGCAGUCAUAACACGGGCUCUCAAAAAGGAAUCUGUGGUUAUUGGAAACCCUGCAGCCCUGGAGCACUUACCAGGAUGACAUGGAAAGAAACUGGGGCAAUAAACAUGGAUAACCGAUGAUUAUUGCUCUGUGGAAAAAUAAAAAUGCUUUUAAAGUAAUUAGAAGGUCAAACUAAUCAAAAGAUUAAAUUGUACAUUU